AUGCUCAUAGGCGCACGUGCCUCUGGAAAAACAACACGGUUGUAUCGACUUAUCACCCAAUUAACUGACUUUGGGUAUCGCUGCCUCCCACUAUCAUUUGAGGAAGUUAACGUUCGCAAUAAUGAGUCUGUUUUCUGGAGAACUUUUGGUGAUGCUCUUCGUUUCAGCUAUGAAGCGGUCAGUGUUAUUACAACCCAACGAGAAUUCCUCAAUGCUUUCAGUCAAACUAAACUCAAGGACGAGAAGAUUGUCAUCUUGAUUGAUGAGUUUGAUGAACUGUUCAAAGCAGGUGAUGAAGUCAGAAAUAUUUUUUUGAAAACACUCCGAGCAAUGGGUAGAAACAAUGCCUACGCCAUUCACAGUGUUAUCGUAUGUGGAACCUUUAGUCUUCAGCGCCUUCGCACAACAGAUCAACACAUAUCCCGUUCAAUGUCAACAAUACUAUCAGGAACCCGUAUUUCACUCUUGAUCAAACGCAGCAGCUCUUUAAUGACUAUGCGAAGGAUGAGAUGA